AUGGCAUCGCUCAUCUCCCUCGCCAAGCUCCCCUUUCUCCUCCACGACAUUAUCGCGUCAUUCGCCGGACUGACGUUUAUUCUGCGCCCGCACAAGCAGCUCGCGCCCUUGUCCGAGUCGGCCAAACUCAUUCUGCACUGCUACGGCGGCUGUCUCCUCUUCACCAACCUCAUCAGCCUCAUCUUCCUCGUGCGGCCCGACGUCGACGAGACAACAAGGCUGGUCGCUUUUGCCUUUGCGUUUUGGCACGCUUGGCCGAGCUACCGUGCCAUUGCAAGGUUGCAGCGCGGCUUGAAUACGACGGGCGAGCUAGGCAAGACGUUAGGCGGCCCGUGGAUUCACCUGGCCGUACACAUUUUGUUAAUGGCCCUGUUCCUCAACACUGGAUUAGCGGCCUAG